CAAGCAGCUGAUGAGAACUCAUCAGUUUUUCUCUAGUCCAACACUGUGCUUAAAACAGAUCCAGUUGGGACAAGCAGUCGUGUACAGCAACAGAAGUGUUGAUAGAAGAGGUUGUAACCUGUGAUAAUAUGCAGGUUAGGCAGUGAAAAGGAAAGCUUGGCUCUGCAGGCAGUGCUGCUGGGGGCACCCAGGUACAUGGAUGCAGCACAGGACUCCAAGGAAGUGCCUUUUCCCACCCACAGCUGCUGCAACCCAGCAAUAGAAAUCCUUUUGGAGUUUUGUAGCUGACUCAGAGGUGCAAGAAGAAGAAAAGAAGAGAAACAGAGAGAAACACGAGUAGUUUCUUGCAGACAAGAUGAUAUUUACUGGCUUCUUUUUCUUCUGUAUGCUGAUGAACAUGCUAACAGAUGCCCGAUCCAUCCAGGAUGGAGAUGAUCUCUACCAGGAUGCUGCAGCUUUGCCAUACUGGCCCUUCUCAUCCAAUGAUUUCUGGUCAUAUGUGGAAUAUUUCCGGACCUUGGGAGCCUACAACAGGAUCAAUGACAUGGCCAGAGCCUUCUUUGCCCAGUUCCCUUUUGGGAGCCACCUUGGCUACCAUGUGCGUGACCAUGAGCACUGAGAGCCUCGCUCAGCUUUGCCAGAGCUGCUGCCCAGGUGUUUGGGUGAGCACCUCUCUGCCACUGAACACACCUGAGCUGCCCUCACCUGCUUUAUGACACCAUGGUCAUGUGCAGCAUUUGAUGGCUUCAGUGAGUCUCCUUUUUGCCAUUUCUUGUAAAGGUGUUUUGUGUGAACACCUGACUGCCAGCAAACACACCUGCACUGUGCUUCAGCCACUAAGUGACACUGCAGCCACAUGCAGCACUUCAGGCUUUAAAUUAAUCCCUUUUUUUACAAUUUAUGCUUCUCUGUGACACAAUAAACUUGUUCAUUCUGCUGCA